AUGAGUUCGCAGAAGGCAGCUUACUUAAGGGAUUAUGUGGAUGCUGUCAGCGAUAAUGUCAACCUUGUUUUCAUGAAUUUCUACCUUAUGGUUAAAACCUUGCAUUUAAAUUCCUCUCUUAAACAAGUUUUCUUGUACAUGCAGACCAUCCAUGUGGCUUCUUUCCUUUUAAUAAUUGUUUCAAGGAAAGAAAACGCUAUGAAAAUUCUGGUUGCCUUCAUGUUAAUUGCCAGUAUGUUCCCUCAGUCGGGAUGUCCCAAAUACCAAGUUUUUAUAAUUUGA